UGGUUUAUUAAAAUAUGGUUAUGUUUAUCCAUAAAUAAAUUGUAUGUGUGUAUAAUUAUUCACGGUUUUUAAAUAUAAUAACAGAGAAAAGAAAGUAGCCUUUUCUUUCUGCGACAUCGAACAAUAAUUUUGUCCCAUUUAGUGAACGAAAUCCUAUUAAAAAGGAAAAAAAACAACAAUAAUACUGUGAAAUUGGAAGGAUAAAGUUAAUACCUUUGAUUUCUAUGCUAAUAUUAACUCUAUAAAAAUGUUUAGUAAUAAAAAAAAUAGUUUACCACCAAGACCUCAUGUGCCAAAUCAUGAACAUAUGUUGGAAGAUCUGGAAAAUGCUGUUGUGGAUGAUGUAGCAUUUAAAGUUAUAAAUGAUUUAUGUAUAAGAGAAUCUUAUGGUCUGACAAGUAUUAACAAUUCCAAUGAUAUAUACAAGAAAGUGAAGACCUAUUUGAAUACCAAACAGCAGUUAAAACAGUUGGAAUGUACUUUGAGAAAAGAAGAACAACAAAUGCAAGCAGAUAAUGAGGAAAUGAAAAGGCUUGCCAAUGAUAUUAGAAAGCAGGCAGAAGCUGCUCUGAUAACAUUAGAGAUAUAAAUAACAUUAGAUAAUUUGUAUUUAAUUAUUUUAACAAUUAAAUUU